UCUGUCCCUGGCCAAAGUGCGCUUGUAGAGGCCAGCUGGGACCUGUUGUAUUGCAGCCAUGGCAAACUGGUACCAGUACCGUGAUCCCAACUAUUAUGGUCUGGGGGCUUAUAAUACAGAAAUAGCAGCUGAAGCAGAGGAAAGUGUAGCAGCGGCAGCUGCAGAGGAUGUACCGACCCCUGCUGCAGGUGGCCACUUCCGUGAAGGCGCUAUAGGCCUCAUGGAAGACGUGAUUCAAAAAGGUUACCUCAACCACGAGGGCGCUGUUAACCACCGAGGCAUUGACUACCUUGAGGCCAAUGGUGGCAAGCAGCAGCCCAUGCAGCAGCAGCAGCCCCGGCAGGAGCAACAGGCCGGACAGUCUGCAAACGAGACUGCUGCAGUUCCGCAGCCCGGGGGCACCCGUCCACGAAUCCAAUACAAAUUCUCGAAGUGGCAGUUGCAGGAACUGGAAAGUGUUUUCCAAGUUACUCAAUACCCUGACGUGGCUACCAGAAGAGAACUUGCAAGAUGCAUGAAUGUGAGUGAAGCCAGAGUGCAGGCUUGGUUUAAGUAUAGGAGAGCCAAGCAUAGGAAAACUCUGAGGGAAACCUCCCUGAGAAAUGCACCUCAUCCUACCCAGGACGAUGAUGAUGCCAUGAUGGAGGGGCCCUAGACCGCCAUCUUUCUUCCGGAACCAGAUUGUUGAUGUGUUUAUCUGUUGUCACUGACAUAUGGGCUACUGUUGAUGCCCACAAUGCACUUAUUUCCUCAGCACUUAUAUUAGAAUA